AUGAGUAAAGGAAAAAAUACAAAUAAUCGAUAUGAUCAAUUAAAUAAUGAUACAGACAGUAUUAUUGUGAUUUUUCAUGUUCUCCUACCAUUUAACGUUAACCUUACUUCGUACAAGCCUGCAGUGAUUGGAAGUUGCGAAGUUUUAGGAGAAUGGAAGACGCCCAAAGUAUGGCUUCGCAAUAUUUCACCAUCUACCCUUUGGAUUUCAGAUCCUGUGUGCAUUCCAAAAAGUUCAAAUAUUGAGUAUAAAUAUUGUCUAGAAUAUUCAAGCUAUGCAGGGUGGAGAAAAGAAAUUAAGUAUGACAUG